AUGGCCCCAAAGUUGCAGUUGGAGAAGGCAGGCUGGCGCUGGGUGGAGAAAAUUCUGCCUGAGGAUGUGUCGCAGGAGCAUGUCGAAGCUGCCUACCGUAUUUGGCUGGAACCCUGCAUCCGGGGUAUUUGCAGACGAAACUGCAAAGGAAAUCCAAAUUGUUUUGUGGGAAUUGGUGAGCACAUUUGGAUAGGAGAAAUUAAUGAAAAUCAUUUUCAUAUGGUUGAUGAUCCUGACACUAGGAGGAGAAAAGAGAAUGCAUUUGUAGGUCUGACUAACCUGGGAGCGACUUGUUAUGUCAAUACAUUUCUUCAAGUGUGGUUUCUCAACUUAGAAUUUCGACAGGCUCUGUAUUUAUAUCCAAGCAGUUAUAGGGAUUACAAGAUGUGCAGUAGAAUCCAAGACGGGAAAGAUUAUGAGCCUCAAACAGUUUGUGAACAUCUACAGUACUUGUUUGCCUUGUUGCAAAACAGCAAUAAACGAUAUAUUGAUCCAUCAGGAUUAGUUAAAGCCCUGGGCCUAGACACAGAGCAACAGCAAGAUGCCCAAGAAUUUUCAAAGCUUUUCAUGUCCCUUUUGGAAGAUACUUUGUCUAAACAAAAGAAUCCACGUUUGAGUAACAUAGUCCAGCAGCAGUUCUGUGGGGAAUAUGCUUAUGUAACAGUUUGCAAUCGUUGUGGCAAUGGGUCUGAACUUUCAUCAAAGUUUUAUGAGCUCCAGUUAAAUAUUGAAGGCCACAAGCUGUUAACAGAUUCUAUUUCAGAUUUUUUGAAAGAAGAAAAAUUAGAAGGAGACAAUCGAUAUUUUUGUGAAAACUGUCAAAGUAAACAAAAUGCAACAAGGAAAAUUCGGUUACUGAGCCUUCCUUGUACACUGAAUCUACAGCUUAUGUGCUUUGUCUUUGACCGAAAAACUGGACACAAGAAAAAGCUGAAUACCUACAUUAGCUUCUCAGAAAUUCUAGAUAUGAAUCCUUAUAUGGAACAGAAAGGAGGAUCCUGUAUGUAUGAACUCAGCGCAGUGCUCAUACACAGAGGAUCGAGUGCUUAUUCUGGGCACUAUGUUGCAAAUGUCAAAGAUCCUAAGUCUGGUGAAUGGUAUAAGUUUAAUGAUGAAAACAUAGAAAAACUGGAGGGAAGUAAAUUAGAAUUAGGAAUUGAAAAUGAUAUUCCAGUAUCUUCUAAGUUUCGUAAACCAAAGUGUGGCAAAGGAAUUCACUGCUCUCGAAAUGCAUACAUGUUGGUUUACAGACUGCAGACACAAGAAAAGCCCAUGACGGCUGUUCCAUUACCAGAUUUUCUUAAAGAUCUUGUAGACCGGGAUAAUAGCAAGUUUGAUAAAUGGUGUGCAGAAAUGACUGAGAAGCGUAAACAAAAUGUUUAUAAAGAAAAAGCAAAGCAUGAAGAGUUUAAGGAGCUAUACCCAAGGUUAGCGGUUAGAACGAAGAACGAGCCCUAUGAAUUUGUCUCUCUUGGGUGGCUGAAAACAUGGUUGAGUGGAUCCAAAAUUACCCCACCUAUUGAUAAUACUACUUACCUGUGUCCUCAUGACAAGCUUCAUCCUGACAAAAUGUUGAUCAUGAAGCGAAUAUCCAGCCAUGCAGCUGAUGUUUUCUACAAUAGAUAUGGAGGAGGGCCAAGACUAACUGCGGAAUCUUUGUGUAAGGAAUGUGUAGUUGAACGUUGUCGUAAAAUACAUCAGAAGAACAAACUCAAUGUAGAUCACAAAAUUAUUACUAAUAUGCUAAAAGAAAGUGUACAGGAUAACCAGGGAUUUUGGGUAGGAAAAUUCUCCUUGAGGAAUUGGCGCCAACUAGCUCUUGAACAGAUAGGUGAGCAAGAUCUAGAUCAAAACAAUGGAAAAAUGAGCAACUAUAUCUCGAAGACGCAAGAGUCAAAGGAAGAAGGAGAGAGAGUAACAUUUAAUGAAGACAUUGUUUGUCUACAUGGAGACUUAGUAAUAGCUGAGAAUGAAAGAAGGCUUGUUUCUCAAGAGAUUUGGGGCAAACUGCAAUAUUAUUUCCCAAAGGCACCUGAGUUUCCAAAUGACAAAGAAAGCUGCCCACAGUGUAAGAGUAUAGAAAGAGAAGGGGAAAAAAAUAAUGCCUUAUACAAGGUCCUUGCAAGUGAGCAAAAGUCGUCUCUUCUGCAUUUGUUCCAGGACAAGUGUAGACCUUACCUCAGUUACUGGCCAGAGAAUACAAAUGUCCUGUACAUUGUGCCACAGAUCUUUGUAGAAGAAUGGCGCAAAUUUAUUAGAAAACCUACAAGAUGCAGUCCCGUGUCAUCAAUUGUAAAUAGUGCUCUCCUGUGUCCCCACGGGGGACUCAUGUAUACAAUAGAUUCCAUGGCUGAAGAAGAUGCUAAACAUAUAGCUGUUAUAUGGCCCAGUGAGUGGGAAAUGCUGCAGAAGUUCUUUGCUGUGGAUCAAGCAAUUAAAAUAAUAAGAAUGGAAACUGAAAAGGAAAAUGAUCUAGAAAUACAUUAUAUUUCGGAGCCCAAUGUCUGCUUGGAAUGCAGAGAAGGCUUAUUAUGUCAAAAGCAGAGGGACUUGUUUGAAUACACUCAAGCCACCAUCUAUAUCCUUAAAGUUGUGGAUGAUAAAAAAGCGAUGAGAAGUUCUAUACCAGUGAAGUAUGACAGUGGUUUUCAAACAGAGGAUAGGGAUGACGCUGUACAAGAUGAUGGAAUAAAGGAUCCAGACUAUGAAGACAGCAGUGGAGGAACAAAGCGGCAAAGGCUAUUAUGUAACUCUCAGCAUUAUGCAAAUGAUCCAAAGCAAGUUCGAAGAAGUACACGGCGUAAGAAAGCCCGUGGUGAGAAAGCACUUCUUGUUUCUGCUAGUCAUACAUUAAAAGACUUGAAAAUUCAGAUUAUGCAUGCAUUUUCAAUUGCUCCUUUUGACCAGAAUCUUUCCUAUGAAGGAAAGCCCUUAAGUGAUGACCAGGCCACACUCGGCACUCUUGGUAUCACUCCUGACUCCAUCAUUUUGUUAAAGUCUGAUGAACCAGCUUUGGGUUACAUUGAAAUAGAUACCUUGCCAUUGCAUUCACCAGAAGAAGGAUUUAAAGGCACUUGUCUGCUUAAACAUUAA